AUGAGAUUAUCUACUAUCCUUACUUUAGCCCUUACCUCCAAGUUUGUUUUCAGUGCCCCAGUUGAAAAAGUCAAGAGGGAAGAUGGUUUAGACGUUCCUGAUGAAGCCAUAAUUGCUGUAUAUCCUAUUGACGAGUACAAACAACCAUUUUACGCUGAAGCCGAUGGUCAAAACUAUGUUGUCAUUCUCAAUACCACUGCUUUAGGUGAAGCUGAUCUUGCCAAAAGAGAUGCUGACGCUUUCAGUUGGAACUACAGAUUAAAGUGGCAGCCAAUUUCCAAGAGAGACGCAGAUGCUGAUGCUGAUGCUGACGCUUUCAGUUGGAACUACAGAUUGAAGUGGCAGCCAAUUUCCAAGAGAGACGCUGAUGCUGAUGCUGAUGCUGAUGCUGAUGCUUUCAGUUGGAAUUACAGAUUAAAGUGGCAGCCAAUCUCUUGA